UAUCGUCAUUUCCUCCUCCACACUGUCCCUAAAUCAGAUCCCUCCUCUCCCGAACCCUCGCCGAACUCCUUAGCUCUCCGGCGAUCGCCGGCCAGAUUACCCGCAUAACUUUCUUUCUUUCUUUUAUUUUUUUCAAUCACCUUUUCUUCUAUGUUUUUUUUUUGACCCAAAAAAUGUUCGCUGUAAACUGAGCUCGGAUUAAUGGAAAUCGAGCUGGCAGAGCAAGAAGCAGAGGAGCUCUCCUAUCCCCGAGAUCUUCUCCGCCGUCUUUCCGGCACGAGAUGCAGCGAAGAGCUGCUUCCUGUGAAUGGUAAAGUGGAGGAUGCGGAGUGUUUUGAUGAGGGGGAUACGGAGCUCAGUUUGGGGCUUUCGCUGGGGGGCUGCUUCGCGGUGAAGCCAACGGAGACGCGGCUCUUGCGAUCAUCCUCGACCGCGGUGAUCUCAAUGUUCCCGAAUGAAGUUGAUUUCACCCUUUCUUCGGCGCCUCUGGCGCGGUCGUGCUCUCUGCCGGUUGAGGCGGAAGACGAGCACCUGAAGCGGAAAGAGAUGCAGGGAUUAAAGAGAAUGGAGGUUAAGAGGAAGAGAUUGGAGAAGAGGACUAGUACGAGGCUACCGAUGGAUCAGGUGGGAAGUGGGGAUAGAAAGGAGGAGGGUUGGAUUGGUGGGACAAACGGUGGUAUUUUACUGAGAUGGGAUAUGGGCGCCGCGGGCUGCGGGAUGGAGGUGGACAUGGCUCAGCUGGAGGCGAUGCGGAGGAGGAGCUCGGAUUUCAAUGAAAGAGGUUUGCAAGGAUCUAAAACCCCAAACUUAAGCAGCUCUUCAACUGCUCCUUCAAUUCCUGACACAGAUCAAAAGUCAGUUGCUGUACCUCCAUUACCGCCAUUGUUAAGAUCCCUCAAAUCUUUUCAGGAAGAUGAAGUACUGAAGAGAAAGACUGGGAACUUGAACGGAUCAAAAGAUACUGGACGAAACUUAAUGGCUGAAAUGCCUUGUGUUUCUACCAGAUGUGGAGGUCCCGAUGGUAAGAGGAUUGAAGGUUUCCUCUAUAAGUACACCAAAGGUGAGAUCAGAAUUGUUUGUGUUUGCCAUGGAAGCUCCCACACUCCGGCGGAGUUCGUCAAGCAUGCCGGAGGCGGCGAUGUGGAAAAUCCUCUCCGGCAUAUCGUUGUGAGCCCUACUCCCUCUGCUCAUAAUUACUGAUGGUUUUAGGUUUAUAUGAACUCCUCACCUUCUCUACUAACAAUGCUUGAAGUGCUAA